UAAGAAAUCAGUACCUUCAAGCGGCUUGACUCUAUCAUCCUUGGUUUUUUCUCGCUUUCGAAGCUCUAUACGGAUAUCCAUUUUCAACCCGCCAUAUACAAUCAUUGUCCACUUCACCAGAUAUCGCACUCGUGCUCCUUUAACAUCAGACAUAGCUCCAAUCAAAUUUGGCUCAUUUUUCGGGAUACAAUGACAACUUAUCUUACUUCUUCGACCAGCAGACACGCAAAACAAACAGUCUCAGUGAGCUCUGCGAGCGUUAGUUCUGUGACUCCUACGGCUACACACAUUGCUUCGACGUCACCCACAACAUCUUCACACCCUACGAUUCCUUCCAACCGCCCGACUUCCUAUAGCAUUCCAGUUUCUGGUUCUCUUGGAACAAAAACAAGCUUGGGUCUACCGGUGAACAGUAUACAGAUUGUUUUUGGACCCGCCACUCCCACUGCGACUGCCAAAUCUACCAAAGAUCUCACCUCCGCAUCCCACUUUGGACCAGUAGCGAUAACAUUCCUUGUUUUGGGGGUGUUGUUGGCCCUUAUAGGACUGUCGGUCAUAGUCUUAUUGUUGAGGAUCCAAAAAAGUCGCCGUCGGGACGCACACGACUUUUCAGAUGUAUCAUCAAACAAUCCAGCAUCGGAACCAGCAUCGUUAUAUGAAGCAUCGGAACCAGCAUCGUUAUACGAAAACCCUAAUGAGUUACAAGUGGACAGAACUUCCUUUCGCGCAUCAACACCACGCCAAGUUUUCUAUCUUGCAGACUGUAAUAGAGCUUCCUCAUUCAUUUCAAGCCCAGCUCAAUCCUUCGAUAUCACGCGACUUUCGACUCGCUACGUACACAAAUCAGCGAGAUCAAGUGCGAUGACUUUAAGAGUAGAUGGCCCUGUAUAUGAACCUUCGUAUCGACUUUCAAGUGAUACCUGUAUGGUCAUGGAUCCCUUGAUGAUGAAAAAAACCAUUCCUCCACAAAACGCCUCCAAUCACUCAUCCUUCAUGUCAGAUAAUUCCCUUUAUGGCACACUAGCACAUCGCUCAGCAGCAAGGGUUUCUAUCCCACCAUUACCUCAGGCUCGGCCUAAGCUAUCCAUGAUAAAGCACUUAAACCAGGGAAUUCGUCGUUCUAUAUCCAACAUGUCACAUGCUUCUACACGAAAAGUUUCUGGAAUAGCUCAAGAUAUUCCAGCUCUUCCCGCUGAAGUUUUCCAAGAUAGGCCAUGAUACAAAGGCUGAAGUCUGGUGGCUUUAUUAUCAGAUGCUCUACACUCACGUGACUCUACACAGAUCUCGCAUCAUCUCAUCGACUUACAAGGACUCUUGAGGUGGUACAUCCAUUUACAAUUUUAAUUGCUAUGGAUAUGUCAUUCACCACAUACAUAACUAGGCAACUGUUAUCAAUUCUAAUUAUAUACCCAGCCUCAGGCCAGGUUAUCAAGCUUUUUGAUCAUGCCCCCCCCGUAUAUUUCAUCUUUCAUGUAGCAUUGGAUUUUUGAAACAUUUGAAAUGUUCCUUAUCUAAUUUGUAGUGGGAUUCCAUCAUACUAAACACCCUUUGACAACAUACAUGGAUAUCACUAAUCUCACCUUAUCUGAGAGAUCAUACAAUACUUACAGAUGAAGCAAUGUAGCAAGAUUGACUGAGCCAUAUAGGUUUAAGUAGCAUACUCAGUAAUAUAACAACAAGAGUGAAGUUGCCAAUGAAAGCUACCUCGUGUUACAACAAAUCAUCUUCAAUACAAGGUUGUAAAAGCUUCAGAUACCAAGUCAGAAGCAUUCCUUCAGUAUAUACAAUUUAGUCUUAAUGCACAAAGAGUCUACUAAUGAGGUUCUUAUCAGUGAU